AUGAAUAACUCUGUAGUGAACUCCAACAUAGGUGAAGUAUCCAAAAACUCCUCAACUCAAUCCUUUGGGCUAAUGGACAGUCUGGAAAUUUGUUUGUACAGCUUGAAUUUCCUGGUUGGUCUUCCUACACACUCCUAUGUUAUAUGGCUCAUCGUCACAGGAACAGGAAGUGGAAGUGGAAUCGCUUCAGGAUUCUUCAACCUCAAUCUCUCUGUUUCUGAGAUUGGUAAUUGUCUGAAUUGUUUGUUCUGUGUACUUGAUUAUUUUACUCCAUUUACAAGUCUCAAAGCAUUUUUAUUUGGACUAGGCAUCACUGGUCGUCCUCUGUUUCAGUGUCUGAUCUGUAUUGAGCGUUAUCUGGCAGUGGUUCAUCCUGUAACCUUUCUGAAGAUCAAACCUCUCAGAUAUAAAGUGAUCUGUUCCACUGCAGCCUGGAUUAUUACUUUUGGCUCCUGUUUGUGCUGCAUGUUAAUUUUAGUCUUAUUUGACAGUUACAUUUAUGUAUGGUUCUUCUUGCUGCAUUUCAUAUUCUUCCUCUCCAUUCAGUUGUUUUGCCUUUUGGCUGUUCUCAGAGCUCUGAAGCAGUCAGGACCAGGAGAGAGAGGGAGAGAAAGAGGGGAGGAAAACAGCAUGAAGAGAAGAGCGUUUUACCUCAUUCUGAUAACUACUGUGAAUAUGGGAAUCGUAUAUGUUCCUUUAACUAUCUCAGGAUUCUUUAUUAUAAUGACACAACAGAACAUUGAUGAAUCAUAUUUUAUCGGUUUCUUUUUUUUUGUUCUUAAUGGUUUUGUCCAGCCUGUUCUUUAUCUGCACUGCACUGGAAAACUCUCCUUCCUUUGUCGAUCAAAAAUGUGUAAUUGUGAAAUUAUACAAAGUUAA